GAAAGUCAACAGUUCCAUUCCAAAUCCAAAUGUUCCAAACGUCGUAGUCCUCUUUAAUACUAGUGUUAAUAUUUUAUUGUAGACUAGAAUAUUUUCUUAAUUUUACUUGUAAAAUUUAAUUUUGAUUUUCUCCUUUCUAUCUUAAAGAAAGUGCGUAUAUAUCAAACCUUUUAAAAACUCGGUUAUAUUUAUUCUGUUGGCUUAAAAUGCCUCAGGCUGAGGUUUCCAAACUAGUGUCACAGUUAAGAAUUAAAGUUAAUCCUACAUAUAGGAGAUUAAAGAAUCCAAGAGGGCCUCAAGGUAGACAUGAAAUUAUACAAAACAUUUUAACUGGAUUGUUCAAGUAUGAGAGAAUAGAACUAAUCUAUACUAAAGCAGAUGAAGCUAGAGGUUAUGCUGAAAGGUUAAUAUCAGAAGCUAUUAGAAAUGGUGACUGUCACAAACCAACAAUGGAGCUCGCAGAUUACUGGUUAAAAGAAAAACAAGUUGUCCACAAACUGUUCAAAGUUCUUGUUCCUCGAUAUCAGAAUUAUAACAUGUCAUAUACGAGGGUGCACAAAGUUACUGGUCAAUAUCCUGAUGGACGCUAUCCUCGAACUUUGUUAGAAUUGAGAGGAAAUCCAUUUCCUCGGCUUACUCAAGACCAGUCAAGCAAUCGUAAUUUAAUCCACAAUGUUCUCUUUGAUGAGGCUAAAAAGGAGUACAGGGCACAAAAAUAUGCAGAGAUAGCAGAACAACUGUCUGCCCCAGAGAGCCCAAGUGACUCAAAACCUGUAACAGACACGUAGAAAAACCUUGCAUAGUGUAGAAAAUUAGUCUAAUAAUUAACCCUCGACAAUUUUGUAAAUAAACCUUACAACUUAGAUGCAAACUUCAA